CGAGGCUGAAGACGCUCCUUCACUCUCUUUCUUGAAGAGCUGUGAAUAUCAGCUGACCGCUGUUUCGCGUCGCCUUGUUUGCCUCUGAGAAAUAAUUAGCCUCUGUUUGGUUGGUGAAUGGGUGUCAGUGAGGAGGAGCAACUGUAAGCAAAAUAGUCGUUACUGUUGGGAGUUUGGGACCCAAAAUGAAUGACAAACCUGACCCACUUCUUACUUAGAGAGCUUUGAGCAAACGUGUGGCCACAAUUUCACUUCUUGCUUUUCUCUUCAUUCAAACACAAGGUCUGCCUUGUCUUGCUCUGAGAUAUUUAGGGUUUUAGAUCUACAGGGGCUUCAAUUUCUUACUUGUUUGUAGGGUAUACCCUACAGAUGGUUCUGAUGGAAGGAAAGCUGCAAUUGGUUUUGCUUCUGAUUGUUUGCGGUUCGUGUGUUUCAGAUAAGGGUCAUACUGAUUUGGUGGAUUCUCGAACUGAAGAAAGUAAAGAACCAUGCCCCAAGGGUUGGAUUCUUGGCCCUAAUAAGCGGAAGUGCUUUGCUUAUAUUAGAAGCCCCAAAUCAUGGAACGAGUCAGAGACCCAUUGUAAAAGUUAUAAUGGACAGUUAGCAGCACUCGCUACAUCUCAAGAACUGAUCUUUGCUCAAAGCCUAUGUGUUGAAACCAUCAGUGGCUGUUGGGUUGGAGGAAGAGGUCUCAACUCUACCGCUGGUAUUGGUUGGAGUUGGUCUGAUAACAGUUCAUACUGGAAUGUAUCUCUCUUUCCUGGAAAACCCCUUCAAUCCGUUUGCAGUAAUUUGUCUUGUCACACCAAAAGUUCUGUCGAUGUUUGUGUAUUGGUGACUAAUGGAUCACUCUUGAUUGAGAGGUGCCACAUGUCUCAUGCUUUUAUAUGCAUGGCUGAUUUAGGGAACAGAUGUUUCCACAUGCAUUGCCACAGAGAAUAUCUCAUUAUCCUUGGAGUUGUAAGUGGGUUGAUCCUCUUCACGACAUUAGCUGUAGUGAUUUGGCUUCUUGCAAACAAGCGGAGCAAGAAGCGCAGACGUUCCCGCAAAUUAUCUAAUCCAGCAGCUACUGCAUUAGUCCCUCCAUCGUGGAAAGUGUUCAUGAAAGAGGAACUUCGGUCUAUUACAAAGAAUUUUAGUGAAGGAAACCGUCUCUUGGGAGAUGCCAAGACAGGAGGUACAUAUGGUGGGCUUCUACCUGAUGGUUCAAGGGUAGCGGUGAAAAGAUUGAAGAAGUCUAGUUUUCAAAGGAAAAAGGAGUUUUAUUCUGAAGUUGGAAGGGUUGCAAAGCUUCAUCAUCCAAAUUUGGUGGCAGUGAAAGGCUGCUGUUAUGAUCAUGGUGACCGUUACAUUGUUUAUGAGUUCAUAGUUAAUGGUCCCUUAGAUAGAUGGCUACACCACAUACCAAGGGGUGGUCGAAGCUUAGAUUGGGUGAUGAGAAUGAAAAUUGCGACAACUCUUGCUCAAGGAAUUGCGUUCCUGCAUGACAAGGUUAAACCCCAUGUUGUGCAUCGUGAUAUCCGUGCUAGUAAUGUACUUCUUGAUGAAGAUUUUGGAGCCCAUCUGAUGGGGGUUGGUCUUUCAAAGUUUGUGCCAUAUGAAGUGAUGCAUGAGAGGACAGUGAUGGCUGGUGGCACAUAUGGAUACCUGGCCCCAGAGUUUGUGUACAGAAAUGAGCUUACAACAAAGAGUGACGUUUAUAGUUUUGGUGUGCUACUGCUUGAAAUUGUAAGUGGACGUAGGCCUGCACAGGCUGUUGAUUCGGUCGGUUGGCAGAGUAUUUUUGAGUGGGCAACACCUCUUGUGCAAGCUCAUCGAUACCCAGAUCUCCUGGAUCCGCACAUAACUGCUUUUUCUUCUGAUAUUCCAGAGGGCAGUGUGAUUCAGAAAGUGGUCGACCUUGUUUAUGCUUGUACACAGCAUGUGCCAUCAAUGCGCCCCAGAAUGUCUCAUGUUGUUCAUCAACUUCAACAGUUAGCCCAGACUCCCAUUCUAAAGUAGAUUUUCAGUUAAAAUUGAUUGCUUUGUAGAAGAAAUGAGAAUUUGGGAUUUUGAUCCCCGGUUGUUCAGUGCCACAUCUGACCAACUAGUGUUCAGUGCUAACUAGCUUAGAUGCAAUACAAUCAGUAAUUUAAUAAUUGUUAAAGAUCUGAAUGAGCUUAUAUUGGCUGCAUGUAUUUGGAGUUGCCGGUGGGUGAUAAGGAUCAGAAUCUUUGUAUAGAUUUAGUUUUUUGUUUUAUUA